GCUCAGCCGACACCACAGAGUACAGCGACACUACUCCUGAAAUAUCAAAUUCCAAUGUCAAAUCAAUAUUCUAACAUAAAUUGUCAUUUGUCACGUUAAAAACUUAAAAAUGAUUGAGGUGAAAUCUAGGUCUUAAUGAUAUAAAAACAAAACCUUAGGGGAAGUAGAAGAUGAACGACCUUCCAGAGGCCAGUAGCAAUAAUGCCAACAAUCUCGAGACUUUGGAUUAUCUUCGUGAAGUCAAGUCUUCUACGUGCUUAUUAUUACCGAUGACCCCUAGCCCUACUCAAUUAGAUUUAAAGCAUCCUCUCUCAGAAGAAAUGACUGAAGGACCGUUUUUAACUUUAAGUGAUGAUCAAAAAAUGGAAAUAAAAAAUUCAGCUGACACCUGUGGAGGAGAUUCUAGUUCAUCGGCAGAUUCAAACUCCGUUGUUCAAGAUCCUGUUAGCGCACAACUUAUUAAUAAUAUAAGCAUGUUGGAUUAUCAAACUCUAAGUAAAAAUGGUGACAUAAUCAUGUGUCAGCCUGAAGGUUGCAAACUGAACGGAAGUCUUAGUGUCAGCAACCGAAAAUUACCAAAUUUCAUAAACUGGAAUUGGGGUAUUAUUAGAAAAAUUCUACUUUGGUGUGUUCUUUCGGGACUUAUUGCUUGCUUGGGAGCCAUUGUGGCAAUGGUUGUUAAUAUACCCAAAACUUGCAACCCUGAUCUACCGUGGUACCAAGGUAAAGUGUUUUAUGAAGUCUUUCCAGCAAGUUUUAAAGAUUCUAACAAUGAUGGUAUUGGAGACUUAAAGGGCUUGACAAAAAAACUAGACUAUAUAAAGGAUUUGGGAGCCUCAUCAAUUCGUCUAAACUAUAUAUUUGAAUCUUCUGAUUAUCCAGAACGUUAUUAUAAUAUAACUUCAUUAUUGUCUAUUGAUAGAAGUAUAGGAGUAUUAAAAGAUUUUCAGGAGUUAAUGACGGCAGCACAUAAAAGAGGCAUGGGAGUAAUAUUAGAUAUUCCAGUUGAAAGUAUGGUUGAAUCGCAAGCCUCGUUUGAUACCAACCAUACUUUUGUUUUCUCAAUCGAGCCCCAGGAAAAUAGUUUUGAUCCAACAUCUGCAGCAAUUGCUUAUUGGUCACAAGCUCAAAAUGUUGAUGGGUUUUAUUUAAAGAAUUUGGAAAACUUUGUCGACAAUAAAAAUUUUGGAAAAUCUCUUCAAGUUUGGAAACAAAUUUUAGGGAAUAACAAAAUUUUUAUAGCAAGUCAAGCAGUAUUAGAUAGAGCUAAAGGCACAAGUCUUACAGUCUUGCUUAAUAGAAUUGAUUUAAUUGAUAUUAAUUUGGACUUACAAGAUGGCAUAAAUGGUUUAAAAGAUCAUAUCAAUUACAUUGUAUCUAAUGUCCUCUGGGGUAAACCCCAUCACCCCUGGGUACUUUGGAAUAUCGGUAACAUAAACAGUGAGAGAGUGUCAUCUAAAUAUCAAAAUAAUACUCUUGCAUUAACAGCACUUGAGUUGGUACUACCAGGUACAGUUAGUAUAUUUUAUGGGGAUGAAAUAGGAUUUGGUGGCUUAUCUGAAAAUGAAAUAGAGGGUGAUUUCCAUGAACAUACACAUAUUCACAAUUUGGUUCCAAUGUCUUUCGCAAAUGAUAUUAAAAAUGAAAAUAGUGCUUCCAUUCUACCCUGGAAUUCAAAAUCUAAUCUAGAACCUAGGUUUUAUUACUUAAAUAUUAUUAAAAAGUUUAUAGAGCUGAGAUUGAAUACUCCAACAAUAUACUUAAGAGAAAUAUAUAAAGAUGGUAAUGUAUUAAAAAAUAUGGAGAUACGUAAAACUGAAGAUAAUUUAAUUGUUAUAGAACGUUGGUAUCCACGAAGAAACACAUGUGUUUUUGUAGGCAAUCUAGAUAACUCACCUAUAACAACUGAUUUGUCAACAAUGUUUUACCGAGGAACAGUUGUUGCAGCAACCAAUAUUAGUUUAGUCGGUGAAGUGUUGUACUUUGACAAAAUAACCUUUUCUCCAAACUCUGCUAUUAUUUUCAAGUUGGAAAAAUAGGGAUUAUUUGCAAACUUAAUUUUAUUCUGUAGCUCUUUAACCAAAGAUGUAAUAAUAACAAACUUUAAAAUAUUUACUUAUUAACAAUUUAAUUGUUAUGUACUUAACCAAAGAUAAUUUUUUAUUAUAUAGUUUAAAUAAGUAUGAAUAGUAAUAGAUCAAACUCUUAUUUUUUUUUUAUAUCUUGUGAUUCCUUGUAAACUAGUUGUAUUUUAUGACCAUUCAUUUUUUUACCAUUUCAUAUUAAAAUUUUAUACACAAAUAUAAUAUCGAUUUAGAUUGAAUUAAAAUAUUUAAAAAAAAUGUAUUAAGUAAGCUUUAACUUGAGUUCUUGGAAAUCUUUUAAGUAUAGUUCUCAGUAUUUAGUCUCAAGUUUUCUUAAAAUUAUUAUUUUUAAUAGUACUCUUCUUUGUAUUAUGGUUUUAAUAAAUAAUUAUUUUUAUUAUUCUUAUGAAAUACAUGUUUUUACUUACAAGUUUUUUUUUUUAAUACAGUACAGUAUAAGCUCCUUAUUCGUUUAGUUUACGUUCCGCCAUGUGCGCGAAUGCAGAGACCGUGGACUGGUAUUUUGUAUAGACAGGAGCAGAUACAUUCCGAGGCACAAGAAAAAAAUAAAUUAAAAUUAAUUGAAGUAAUUUGAA